UACCUCCAACAAGUUAAAUUACAGAUGGAAGGUGGAGUUUUAGUUAGAGUGCAUCUCAUAUUCAGAUUAGGCUACUCCCUCUUAAAAUCAUAUAUAUUUCCAAGACGUAAUGAAACGUGCCCUACGGCUCCAAAGCGUAAUGCACGGUAAGGCAAUCGUGCAUCCAAUCUAGAGACUCGGUUCCAGUACUCUGUGUGGUCUCUUGAGGGGUGAGAAAUACUCGCUCAGCUACUCGCCGCUCUCCAUCCAUAGCGCAUCUCCAGCUCUGAAGCCACUUUGGAUGUGGACACCAGCGGCAGCGCUCGAUCCCUCCGCUUCACACACUCACACAAACACACUUUUAGCGAUGCAGCGUAGCAAACAGGACCGGCCGGAGAAUUCCUAUCUGAUCAGGCGUAUUGAUGGAAUCACGUAGGACAAGCUUCAUCUUCUCUCCCCCAUCACAGGAGCCCCUCUGUAGCCCGGGGUCAGGUGUAUCUCCUUUGAGCGCUGCAGUGUUCUGCUCUGCUCUCCUGCCGUUCUCACUCCCGAGGCGUAACAUCCCGACGUUUUGUCACGUCCCGCGGCGUUCCUGAGGAACCCGAAAGGUGACCUUCCACGUUGUUAUGCAUUGUCAGUGGGAACGAUGUAGAGUCAGAGGUGGAGGCAGGAUGGAGUGCUCCUGGAAGACGGUGCUGCUUCUUGUAUGUGCGUCUCUGGGGGUCCAGUACACAGCCAUCCGGACCCUGAGGGACUCGCUGUCAGGACCUUGUCAGGGAGCUUACCGCUGCCAGAGCAGACAUCUCAGAGACUCCCGGUGGAGAACCUCCUGCGAUGACAGCUGGCUGCCCAUGGAUUCACCUCGGAAGCACAUCCUGCUGUUUGCCACUACACGCAGUGGUUCCUCAUUUACCGGACAGCUCCUCAACCAGCAUCCUGGGGUCUUCUAUGUGUUUGAACCUUUGUACCACGUCCAGCAAGCCUUCACCAACUCCAGCAGCAGGUUGCGUCGCACCUUGGAUCGCCGUGCCUUGCUGGGAGCUUACAGGGACCUUCUCCUCAAUCUGUACACUUGUGAGCUUCACUUCAUGGAGAAUUACAUCCGUCCCGAGCCUCAAGAGCACAUCACAAGCUCUUUUUUCCGUAGGAGCUCCAGCCAUGCCCUCUGUUCCCCUCCGGUGUGCUCUGAUGGAGUAGUUGCAGCGGCCUCAGAUCCACCCGACGAAACCUGGUGCCCUAAGAAGUGCGGGGCCCUGAACCUCACUUUAGCCUCUAUGUCAUGUCUGUCGAGAGGGCAUGUAGCUGUAAAGACCGUGCGGGUCCCUGAGGUAGGGGAUCUGCGCACUCUGACUGAAGAUCCACGUCUGGACCUUAAGAUCGUACACCUGGUGCGAGACCCCAGAGCCAUUCUUGCUUCACGCAUGAUGGCGUUUUCUGAUCAGUUUCGCGCUUGGAAAAUAUGGAAUGCAACGGGGCGGCAGCCUCGUUACGUGGACCUUUCGCAGAUCACCAGCACCUGUAAGGACAUGGUGGCCUCUGUGGAAACAGGCCUGCAGAGACCUGCAUGGCUGCGUGGACGCUACCUGCUGGUACGGUAUGAGGACUUAGCAUUCAACCCAAAGGACAAGGCCAGUGAAAUCUACAAGUUUGCAGGGCUGGAGAUGGAGGACAGGGUGAGGACGUGGAUUGCAAAGAACACCAACAGUAACGCGUCGUCUCCAUCUGAGUGGAACUACAGAUACUCCACCACCAGAGACUCCAGAGUGACAGCUGAGAGCUGGAGGCUUCGACUCGGCUUUGACAUUGUGAGAACGGUUCAGAAUCUGUGUAAUGACACUCUGGCUCUGCUGGGAUACAAGCAGGUUCGCUCUGUGGCUGAACUCAGAAACUUGUCACAGAGUUUAGUGGAACACAGGACAUUUCAACCAGUCACAUAACAGAUUCUGCUGCGGGUUUAAAGUUAAAUCUUUAUGUUCUUUAUUUCUGCUCAGUUUAAACGAAUGUAAUUUAUCUUAAUUUUGAACAAUGCCUAAAACAAAUCAUAUUUAUUGUAGUUUCAACUUUUGUUAAAGAUAUUAAAAGUGCCAAAUCGCAAGUGUGUGUUGCUGAAAAAUGUUAAUUACCCAAAACAAAGUCCGUACUGCUGUAUGUGUUGAAUGCUUUUCUUAACUGUAUAGCAAAGCUUUGAGGUCUAAUGCGAUAAAGUUUAUGCCUGACUGGGGGGAGGGGUUAAUGUUUUUGUAAUUUUAAUAGUUAUAGUGGAAGUGUCAAAAAGACAUGCCAGAGUCCAGGUGCCAUUUCACAGUAAGUCACUCAAAACAUGGCCCUGAAUGAAAGACAAAAAUAAAAGGAAAGAAAUUACAGGGCUUAGCUUCCAAGUGUCUCUAAUGCAUUUUGGAAAAGGAUUAAAAUGUCACAUAUUGCAGGUAGAAAAUCUUUUCUGGUGCAAUCUCCUGCAGUGCACAGCAGCUCUGUUUUCACUAUGUCAACAAUAGGAGAUUAUUUCUUGUUUUUUCACUGUAAAUACUUAAAUACUGUAAUAGCUGAUUAAGUGGUGCAAUGCAAGUAUGAAAAUAUAAUGUACUGGAUGUGUUGAGACAUUUUUGUCAGUGUUGCUUUACUGUUUGUAUUUUUUAGACUUUUUCUAAUAAAUUAUUCAUAUCAUGAGUAAUACA